UGAUUGUUCCGACGGCAAAGAAAACCUUUCCUUGCUCUUCCAUUUGUGUAUCGGUCCAACACCCGCAACCGAAACAUAAAGAAAGAGACAGAGAAGAUGUCGCAAGUUUCAGCGAUUCCAUCUUCUUCUCCGGGUAAAGGAAGAAGCCACGCGAUCGAACGUCGGUCGGCGGGUUAUCAUCCGAGCAUAUGGGGGGACUACUUCCUUAAAUAUGCUUCUCCCUCCAACUCAGUGGAUGAUGGCCAUGAUCAGGAGGCGGAACAAGAAAUCCAGAAGCUGAAGGACGAAGUGAAGAGGUCGCUAUACGCUAAUGCGGACAAGCCGCUCCUGAAUCUGGACAUGAUUGAUCAAAUACAACGAUUAGGCAUUGCGCACCACUUCGUGAGUGAGAUCGAUCACGUGUUGACACAGCUUAAUGAGACAUGUUUUGUUCGCAACAACGGGGAUCGGGAUAUUGAUGACCUCUACACGGCUGCUCUCCUCUUCCGAUUGUUGCGACAACAUGGCUACCGAAUUUCAUGUGACAUCUUCAACAAGUUCAAGGAUGCCAGUGGAAAGUUCAGUGAGAAACAUGCCGGCGACGUACGGGGAUUACUGAGUUUGUAUGAAGCUAGCCAUUUGAGCGUGCAUGGAGAAGAGGUUCUUGAUCAAGCGCUUUCUUUCAGCUCAACCCAUCUUGAAUCCAUCAAAGAGCAACUAAACCCUCCUCUCGCAACACAAGUCCGCCACGCCUUAAAGCAAACAAUUCGCCGAGGCGUGCCGAGGCUCGAGGCCAGACGAUACAUCUCCAUGUACGAAGAGGAACCUUCACAUAACGAAGUCCUAAUUUUGCUAGCCAAGUUAGAUUUCAACCGCUUGCAAAAGCAACACCAGGAGGAGUUAUCUGAUCUUGCAAGGUGGUGGAUGGGUCUAGACUUCAAGAGCAAGUUACCAUUCGCAAGAGAUAGGCUCGUGGAAGGAUACUUUUGGAUAUUAGGAGUUCAUUUUGAGCCCGACUUAGCGGUUGCUAGAGGAAUGAUGACCAAAGUGAUCGCACUCACUUCAGUUCUUGAUGACAUAUAUGAUGUCUAUGGCACCUAUGAAGAGUUAGAGCUCUUCAGUCAAGCAAUCCAAAGGUGGGACAUCGAUUGCAUAAAUGAACUUCCAGGGUACAUGCAAGUGUUUUACAAAGCACUUAUUGAUGUGUACAUCGAAAUUGAAGAAGGACUGGCUUGCACAGGAAGAUCGUACCGCCUCUACUAUGCGAUAGAAGCGAUGAAAAGGCAAGCGAGAUGCUACUUUGCUGAAGCAAAAUGGCUGCACCAACAACACAAGCCCACGAUGGACGAGUACAUGUCCAUUGCACAGGUAUCCAGUGGUUAUCCAUUGUUAGCCAUCACGUCCUUUGUGGGAAUGCCGGAAACUGUCACGAAAGACGAUUUAGAUUGGUUGUUCAACGACCCAAAGAUCCUCAAGGCUUCAACAGUCAUUUGCAGGCUCAUGGAUGAUUUGUCCACUCACAAGUUUGAGCAAUCGAGACAACAUGCGGACUCGGCAAUGCAAUGUUACAUGAGGCAACACGGCGUCACUGAACGAGAAGCGGAGAACGACCUUCGCAAGCAAGUUGAGGACGCAUGGAAGGACAUGAACGAGGAGUGUCUUCGCCCGACCGCCGUCGCAAUGCCGCUUCUCAUGGGAAUUCUCAACCUCACCCGAGUGAUGGACGUGCUGUACAAGGACGGAGGAGAUCACUAUACCAAUCCUCAUAUUUCGCUGAAAGAUCACAUAAAAUCGGUGCUUAUGGACCCGGUGCAAUAGGUUGGACAUGCAAGUUAGUGAAUUAGAAGUUCAUAAGCUGGACAUUGGAAAACCAGACCGAUAAUUCUAUGGAUGAUGCAUCUGUACGUGUGUACCAUGUUAAUGAAGUGACAUUAAUAGUAUGUUUGAUUGAUUAUUGAA